AUGGCUCUCAAAACAGGUCUUGAGGCCCCAGUUGAGUCUGAGCUCUGUUCAGGGAUUGAAUGCCAGGACCACCCAACACCAGUUCUGAUGCUCUUUGCCAGUGUGCUGGUGACUUGCCUUGAGGCUGCUAAACUCACUGUAGGCUUCCAGGCCCCCUGGAACAUCUCCCAUCCAUUCAGCAUGCAAAGGUUGGGUGCAGGCCUCCAGAUUGCCUUGGACAAGGUCAACUCAGAGCUAGUGGACCUUGGAAAUUUCAGCUGGGAGUUCACUUACACCAACUCAGCCUGCAGCACCAAGGAGUCUCUUGCUAUUUGCAACAACCAGGUCCAGAAAGAACAGAUUUCUGCCCUGUUUGGACCAGCAUGCCCAGAAGCAACUGAGGUUAUCGGUUUGCUGGCCUCUGAGUGGAACAUCUCCAUGUUUGACUUUGUUGGACAAACCAAAAAGCUGUGUGACACCUGUGUGAAACUUGUGCCACCCAAGCAGGACAUUGGUGACGUGCUCCAGAAAAGUCUCCAGUAUCUGGGCUGGAAACACAUUGGGAUGUUUGGAGGCUACUCUGGGGCUUCCUCCUGGGAUGAAGUGGAUGAAUUGUGGAGGGUUGUAGAGAAUGAACUCAAUUCCCAUUUUAUCAUCACUGCCAGCAUGAGAUACACCAAAAAUAGUUUAGUCCUUCUUCAAGAGCAUCUUUGGAGGAUAUCAUCAAUUGCCAGGGUUAUCAUCUUAAUCUGCAGCUCAGAGGAUAAAAAUAUUAUUCUGCAGGCUGCAGACAACCUGGGACUCAACACUGGAGAAUUCAUUUUCAUCAUUUUGCAGCAGUUGGAGGACCAUUUUUGGAAGGAAGUACUGACAAAUCAGAAAAUGAUGUACCUCCCAAAGAUGUAUGGGUCAGUGCUUCUCUCACUGCCCUCAGCUUACGGAGAAGGCCGUGGAGAUGAAGGCUUUUGGAGACAAGUCUACCAAAUGCUGAGGAGGCCGCCUUUCCGCAGCACCAUUUCCUCAGAGGAGCAGGUGAGCCUUUAUUCUGCCUACCUUCACGACGCCGUCCUGCUCUAUGCUGAGGCCGUGAAGCAGAUGGUAAAGGCUGGAGGCGACUUCCAGGAGGGGCGGCAGCUGGUCAGCGCUCUGAAGAGUUCCAGUCUGACCACGGUGCAGGGCGUGACUGCUGUGGUUCUCACAAUGAUGAUCCUGAUUCCUGUCUUGGGGGCUGCCAUCAUAGGUCUGAUUUUAAGGACACAGAGGGGAAAACCGCAGAGGCAAAACAAAGACAUCUGGUGGCAAAUCAAUUUUGACGAUAUCAUCAUUCUUCCCCAGAACAGGCCACCCUAGAGAGGCAUACCUGUGUCAAGAGGCAUCACCAGUAACUCAUCUAGUGUGGUGAUUUCUGUGGACCUCAGCUCUUUUGUCAAGAGCCAGCAGGGGGAAGAGCUCUUCUAUGCCCCAAUAGGGCUUUAUCAGGGAAACCAUGUGGCCAUCCGCUAUGGUGGUCACCAAGCAGAAGCCUGGGUUAGGAAGCUGACUGUGUUACAGGAAAUACAGCUGAUGGGUGAAUUAAGGCACGAGAACAUUGUUCCCUUCUUUGGUAUUUGCACUGAACCACCUAACAUUUGCAUUGUCACUCAGUAUUGCAAAAAAGGAAGCCCUAAGGAUGUUUUGAGAAACUCGGAUCAUGAAAUUGAUUGGAUAUUCAAACUCUCAUUUGCAUAUGACAUAGUCAAUGGCAUGCUGUUCCUCCAUAGGAGCUUCCUGGGCUCCCACGGCAACCUGAAACCUUCCAACUGCCUGGUGAAUGGUCGGCUGCAGGUGAAGCUGUCGGGAUUCGGACUGUGGGAACUCAAGUAUGGCCGGACAUACAGAACAUAUGAUGAGACAGUGGUUGAUUUUGCACCCACCAGCUAUUGGCAGCAUGAAAUCAUCAACCAAAUCAAAGACCGUGCAGCAGCAGUCCCACUGUGGCCUUCCCUGCCCGAGGAGAAGGGCAGUGAAAAGAUCAUGGCCAUGGUGAGGGUAUGUUGGGAGGAAUCUCCGGAGAAAAGACCCAGUUUCUGUUCCAUCAAGAAAACUUUAUGAGAGGCCAUUCCCAGAGGCCAUGUGGGCAUACUGGCCAGUAUGAUGAGCAAGCUGGAAGUGUAUGCCAAUCACCUGGAGGAACUGGUGCAAGAGAGGACCAGCCGGCUGACUGCAGAGAAGAGGAAGGUGGAGAAGCUUCUGUCCACUAUGGUGCCCAGCUUCACUGGAGAGCAACUCCUAGCUGGAAGGUCCGUGGAACCAGAACAUUUCGAGUCUGUGACAAUCUUUUUCUCUGACAUUGUUGGAUUCACAAAGCUAUGUUCUCUCAGCUCCCCCUUGCAAGUCAUCAAGCUCCUCAAUGACCUGUACAGUUUAUUCGAUCACAUCAUCACAAAUUAACGUGAGUAUAAGGUUGAGACCACUGGAGAUGCAUACAUGGUGGCUAGCAGACUCCCUAUCCGCAAUGGAAACCAGCAUGUGGCUGAGAUUGCCACCAUGUCCCUGCACUUCUCAGUGCCACCAUUCAUUUGCUUCCAGACUGGGCACUUGCUCCAGGAGAAGCUCCAGCUUCGGAUUGGCUUCCACACAGGUCCUUUGGUGGCUGGUGUGGUGGGAAUUACCAUGCCCAGAUACUGUCUAUUUGGAGACACUGUGAACAUGGCAUCCAGAAUGGAGAGCAGCAGUUUGCAUGUCACUGAUGACACUUUGUAA